AUGGGGAACGUGGAGAGCGGCGGCGGGGGCGCAGGCAGCGGGGAUGACGAGGACAUUGAGCCGGAGAGUCCGAGCUUGGCGGAAGGCGGCACGGCCUCUGCGGCGGCCGGAGCCGGCAGCCCCAGCGGCGGGAGCGGAGAAGGAGGAGCACGAGCUGGAAGACCCGGGUCGAGUCGGACCGGCCGGGGUUCGGGUCAGACCCCGGUGGCGAGCUGCGGGCUGCCCUCUCCGGAGGCGCUGAUGGAGCAGGUGCGGCUCCGGGAGGCGGCGGGCCGCGCGGGUGACGUCAGUGGUGUGGCAGUGGCGGAGUCGGUGAUCUCGCGGAACGAGAGCGCGCUGCUGCGCUGGCUGGAGGAGAGGGUGUCGCGCGGGGAGGAGAGCCUGACUCUGGAACAGUUCUGUGACAUGCUGGAGAGCAGAGAUGUGCAGAGAGAGGAGUGUGAGGAGGCCUUCGGUCAGUUCGAUGCUGAAGGUGAUGGUGUGGUUGAGGCUGAGAGCAUGCUAAUGGCUCUGAAGAACAGCAACGGAGCCAAUCUGCAAGGAGAGCUCAGUCACGUUAUCAGACAGCUGCAGGCCUGUUCGCUGACCCCAGGAUUUGUGGAUAUUUUCUCGAAAUCAAAAGACAGAACAGGAUCACACGCCUCAAAGAUCCUGAAAUUCCUGCACAGGAAUCGUAUCCCCAGCAGUGCCAUUCCCUUCCCAACUCUGGACUGCUACAACAGCAUCAGCUCCAUGAGAUCCUCUGUGCUGCAGGACUUUCUCGACUACCUUCUGCAAAAAGAGAAAGAUCUGGACAUUCAGUAUGGGGCAGAGCUGACCCAGGAUCCGGAGGUAGAUCGGGUGAAAGUUGUCUCUCAGUGCUACAGCUCCAUCGAGGCCUCAUCUAACACUGCAGAUGUCCACAAGAUGAACAAUGGUGAGACAGUGUCCUACUGGCAGUCUGAUGGCAGCGCACGCUCUCAUUGGAUCAGGUUAAAACUGAAGCCAGACAUCGUGCUGCGGCGGCUGGCUAUUGCAGUGGUCUCCAGCGAUCACAGCUACAUGCCCCAGCUGGUGUCUGUAUCAGUAGGGAAGAACCGGCGCUCGCUGCAGGAGAUCAGGGAUGUUCAAAUCCCCGGCAACGUUACGGGCUACGUGGCCCUUCUGGACAAUGCCAACAUCACUCAUCCAUAUGUUCAAAUCAACAUUAAGCGAUGCUUGAGCGACGGCUGUGACACGCGCAUUCAUGGCUUGAAGAUGAUGGGUUACCAGGUCACUAAGAGCAGAGAGGUGUCUGUAUCGGAUGCCUCGGCUAUCUGGUACCUGUCUCUCCUCACCUCGUUAGUGACGGUGUCGAUGGAGACGAACCCAGCGCUCGCCAACACUGUACUACAGAACACACAGAAAGCCUUACAGCACAUGCCACCUCUGUCUUUAACCCCGUCCUCCACGGAGUUCCCCAAGUUCUUCUCCUCAAACGUCCUGGAAGAGGUGGAUGCCUUCCUGCUUCGGAUUGCUGAUUGCUGUGUGAGUGCCGAUGCAGAACUGACUCUCUUGGCGUUUGCUCUGGCUCGGGGCAGCGUGGUGAAGGUGCUGCAGUCCCUGGCUGGAAUGUGUGAGCGAGUGAACUCUCAGUACCGCGCAGCAUCACUGCUGGCAUCCAUGGCUUCAGUACGCCUCCGCCAGCUGCACCGCAAUGGUAAAUCUUUACAGCUGCAUCUACAAGCGUGUGAUGUGAAGAGCCGAGACAACAAGUGUGGACCUGAGAACAUGCUGACCGAGCCCUAUUCAGGAGAUGGUUUUUUGACAGAGAGCGGGAAGACGAAAGCCUGCGUGAUUCUGUCCACUGAGAAUCGGACCUGCUUCCAGGUUACACAAAUCAGAAUCAAAGUGCGAAAAGGAGCUAUCGGGGCAAAAUGUGGCCUUGUGUUUACGUACAAUGACUCUGAACCGUUUGAUGCAGACAAGCACUUUAAAAAGUUCAAGAAGUUCGACUCCUGGGACUUUAAGGACUACAAAGAGUUUGUCCAGCACAAAAAUGGCAAUAAGGGAGCAGUUGAGUUAAAUGAGGAGGAUCCUGUUGGCUGGUUUGAGCUGGAGGACGACUGGAAUGACGUGGAGAUCAAAGUACAACAGUGUCGUGUGUCCAAUUUCCUGAUGGUAAAAUUUGUGUGCGUGAGGCAGGACUCGGCUGAACGGCUCGGCGUUCAUCAGCUGGUCUUCAGCGGCUACGCGUGUCAAGAUUCUGAGAGACUGGAGGAAGAGGAACUGAACUCUCAGUCUCAGGGGAACGAGCGUGGACAGGUCACAAGUCUCAGUCUCAUCAAAAAGACCCUUUACUUCAUCCAGCAACUUACCAGAGACCUGCCAACAUAUACACAGGACAUACUGCUGCACAAGCAGAAGGCCGUGCUGGAUUUUAAUGGGCUGAACCUGCCGCUCUUCUGGGACCUUUACAGGAAACUCAGGGCUAUAGAGGGAGAGGAGGCGAUAAAGGCUCGCAUACUUUUGCUUCGAGUCCUUCAGAACUGUUUUUCAGCUCUUCCUGUCUUACCGGAAUCCCGGAGCUCACUGGGAAACGUGUCGUCAUCAUCUUUCUCACCGUCGUCACCAUCAUCAAUGCAAUCAUCAUCAUUAUCCUCCUCAGCUGUGGUGUCAUCGAGCACAGAUGUGGAUCCAGCUGAGGCUGUAGGGGAGCUGUAUAGUCACCUGUGUCAGGUGGUGGACGAGCCUGAUGGAGAGACGGAUGUAGAGAAAACUCUAGGAAAAGAAGCAGUGAAGGCCAUUCUGGGCGGUGCCGCCAUCUUCUACCCCGACAAGCAGAGCCGACGCGACAAGCUCUUUGACAUGAUGAAGAACAUAACAGAGGAAACUCAGCCGGAGUCUGUUAAGCUGACGUUCGAGUCACUCUGCAACUAUUUCAGUGAACAGGAUCCCAGUGGUCUUUUGCUGUUGCCCCCCAAAGGAGCGCCUGUCGACUUCGACACUUCCCCCAUCUCCAACGUUAUGCACACCCUGCUUCUUGUUGCCACUAAGGAGUGUGAGUUGAUGAUGGUGGAUGGCAGUGGAGGACCAAGUCUAAAGAACUUGCUGUCUCUUUUCUGGGCGCUGCAGGGAAGUUUGCUGUCCUGGUGCUACCUGCAGCUUAAAACAGGGGCGUCCCCCGCCAGUGACCUGGCCAGAAACAUCCUGGUUAUAUAUGUGGAACAGUUCCUGGAGGCUGUUAAGUCCACCCUGAAGUCCCUGUUGGAGAGAUAUUCUGCUGCUGACAUCACUGCCAAGCUUGGCAGCUCCAUCAUCAUCACGGCCACCAGACAGCUGGCAAUCUUCUUGCUGGAGCUGUGUGCUCUGGAUAUUUCUCACUGUGUGUUCCUUAAGCUCUUCUUUACUCUGCUUGAGCUGAUCAAGCAGCUGUCCAGCAGUACAGAGGCUAACUCCGGGGCUGAUUUGGACUGUCAGCAUCCUCAGCAGCCAGUGGUAUUAAGAACAUGGACCAUGGAAUCUCCUCACAAUUAUGAGGACAGUAAACAUGAGAGCACAGUGUUUCUCUGUCCCGGAGCUACAUACUUUGAGGUGGAGUUUGAUGAACGCUGUGAGACGGAGAAGAGGUAUGAUUUUUUGGAGUUUACAGAUUCCAGAGGAGGCAAAAUACGAUAUGACAUGAAGGUUGGAACCGAGAAGUGGCCGAAGAAAGUCACGUUUAAGGCUGGACACCAGCUGCAGUUCCUCUUUCACUCGGACAGCAGUAACACUGAAUGGGGCUACAAGUUCACAGUGACUGCAUUCGGUCUGCCCGACAUCAGCGUGUCCUGGAUCUGUGAUCUGCAGCUGCUGGUGUCCAGACUUAUGGGACGCCUGGCUUCACGUGCCAUGGCACUAAAAUCCCCACAAGACGUUGGUGGGAAGGAGCUUCGUGCAGGUGUGAUAAACCAUGUGCUCUCCUCUCCUCUGUGGAAGCCAAUAUUCAGACAUGGUCUAAACGAACCUUACAGAAAUGACGAACUGGUACCCAGUAGUACUGAUGGACAACAGGUCUCCUUUGAGGACGAGGUAUCGGAGUUCCUGGUGGACUUGGCUAACUGGGAUCCUUCUCAGGAAGCAUCUGAUGCAAGAACGGAACUUAUGAGGAACUUAAUGCUGAACUUUAAGAAGCAGCUAAUCAGAGGCGAGAUUGUUGCAGGGUCCAAAAUUGACCAGGCAGUGAACGCAAUCUGGGCGGCCAUGGUGUACCAUACCCCUGCCCUUCAGUCUUCUCUCAGGAACUUUGUGGUAAAGCAGGGGCAGAGCUGUGUGGGUGAGGACCUGCUGCAGGUCUACAUACUGGCUGAUGGCAUUAGGACAUGGAUGUUGGAGAUGAAACAGCGCUCCCAGCUGUCUAAAAAUGGACCUGUGGAGAAAGAGGACAGUCAGGAUGAAUUUACACCUGAAUCUAUGGCUGAGAUCUGCAUCAGAAAGAGUUUGCUCCUCUUCAGGUUCAGACCUGAUGGGACCUCUGCACCCCUGUCAGACCUUGACCAUCCGAAAUCAGCAGAGAGUCCUCAUGUCCCCCAUUUCCUUCACUCUGUCUCCAUAUCAGAAGGAGAUUUUCAGCCCUGCCCCUCCGUCUCCUCCUCCUCCCAGAGUCCUGCGGUUGCUGAGACUGUUCACCCCCUCAGAGUACAGACCCAGAUCUCAUCUGCUUCUGAUCCAGGAGCUCCCAGCGGUGCCAGUGCAGGUGCCAGUGCAGGUGCCAGCGCACAAGGCUCCAGAGGAUCGACAGAAAGUCUUCACUCUCAGAGCGGCGAGCCCGUGUCUCCGCUGGCUUUCUCUCGCAAAGCGCCUUUUAGUCGGGGUCGCCUCAGGCUGCUCUCGCUCCGCUCGGUGGAGGAAACACGGGCUGCACCGUCGGUUAAGGAGAGGUUUUCCAUCCUCAAACACAUAUUCAGCUUUAUGAAGGACUCAGCAGUUUGUGAGACCAGUGUUCUAAAGACUCUUGCUUUAAAGAAGACCCAGGCUCUGACUGUAUGCGAGGUUUUGGAGACGGUACAGCAGUGUUUACUCUCCCUGGGAAAGCCGCACCUCUUCCAGGCCCCCUGCAUCCUCUUCCUCCAGGAGCUGCUGGCCUGCCAGAAAGAUUUCAACAAUUACUUCUCUCAGUUAUCAGGCUGUGGACUGGAGCUGAAGGAACAGGUCAGACGUUCCUAUCAUCAGCUCAUUCUGAUGCUGGUAGAGGCAGUGCGAGGCUUCGACAACAUCAAUGACAAGGUUCUGUUGCCGGCGUUGUCGUGUGUACAGACGUGUCUGCUGCACCUGCUAGACAUGAGCUGGGAGGCUCAGGAUCUGCCUCUGUUUGAGGAAAUCAGGCUGCCCGAUCUGCUGCUCGACAUGUCCAAGGAGAACAUCAGCGUGCACGACAUCGCUAUCAGUCAGUGGACAGAGGAGGACGAGAUCGCUGACUAUGAAAGGAACACGGAGUGGAUGGACGAGUGCAUGGACGGCAUGUUUGAGAAAUGGUUUGACAAAAUCACCCAGGCCUCCCCAGACGAAAAGAGAAAGAUGCACAUGUUCAUCGCACGGUAUUGUGAUCUGUUAAACGUGGAGAUCUCGUGUGAUGGUUGUGAGAGGAUCGCUCCAGGUCAUCGUUAUCGAUGUCUGCAGUGCACCGACAUGGACCUGUGCAAGACCUGUUUCCUUAGUGGUGCCAAGCCAGAAGGGCACGAGGACGAUCACGAGAUGGUAAAUAUGGAGUACGCCUGUGACCACUGUCAGGGUCUUAUCGUGGGCAGCAGGAUCAACUGCAACGUCUGCGAGGACUUCGACCUUUGCUUCGGCUGCUACAAUGCCAAAAAAUAUUCAGACAGUCACCUGCCCACCCAUCGGAUCACGGUUUACCCCAUGGUGACCAUUCGCAUCAGCGAUCGGCACCGACUGAUCCAGCCGUACAUCCACAACUACUCCUGGCUCCUGUUCACCAGCCUGGCUCUGUUCACCUCUGAGCUAACCAACGAGCUUCAGGACAGCGCGUCUCGGAGUCAUGCUGCAUCACUGCAGAGCCACUGCUCCCAGCUAAUCACCGACUGUCUGAUGAAGGGCCAGACAGGAAAAGGUUUGCGAGCUUCAGCCCUUUUGACUCUUCUGUCCUGCAAUGAACCUGAGAAUGAGCUGUGUACCUCCAGCCUGGAGUCCAGUCAGGAGAUCAGUACGUCAGAUACUGUUUCUUUACCUGGAAGUACUGCAGCUCUCUGCUCACCACCACCUCCUUUAGACAAGAGUAAAACCGCUUCUCUUUUUGAAAAACCAGUGGGUUCAGAGGAGAAAGAGGCUCAAUGUAAACUGGUUUCUCAAGAUACACUGGAUUCCGCUAGUCUGAGUAAUACACCGUCCACGGAUGACACCCUGUCUCCAGAUCUUAAAGGUCAGUGUGAGACAACUGGGGACACCAUCACCUCUCCUAACUCUGAAAUCCUGGACAUAAGCAAAGACGGGGACAACAGGACGGCUAAGGCGCCAGUGCAGGGCCACGUGUUUGCCGAGUGCUCCAGGGAGAGGAUUCUGGGACUGCUGGCAGCCAUGUUACCUCCAGCUAAACCGGGCUCUACAAUAUCCAUGUCCAACCUGAACCCCAUCCUGCCUCUGCUCUUCCGCGUGGUCAUCUCGAACGCCGGCUGCCUGAACGAGGCCUACCACCUGACUCUCGGGCUUCUGGGGCAACUCCUGCUGCGCAUCUCACCCGCCGAGGCCGACGCUGCCGUCACCGAGGCUCUGGCUGAUAAGUAUGAGCUGCUGACACUGGCUGAUGCAGCUGCUAAUGAAACACAAGGCUGGAAAACCACACAGCUUCUCUUCAGUCUGGGUGCCGUGUGUCUGGAUAGUCGCAUUGGUCUAGACUGGGCGCGCUCAGUGGCUGACAUCUUGGGGAACCUGAAUUCGUGUCCUCAGUGGUCUAAGGUCAUUGCAGGCUUCACUGACCACUGUGUUCAGCAGCUACCACGACAAGUCAAACGUACCAACGUCUUCGCUCUGCUAGUCCUUGUGGUCUUCCCUGAGGUGCUGUGUAUGGGCACUCAGUCUGUGUUUAUGGACAACGCUAAUGAGAAGCACAACGUCAUUCUGCUGAAACACUUCACCGAGAAGAACCGGGCUGCUGUCGUCGACGUGAAGACGCGCAAAAGAAGGACAGUAAAAGACUACCAGCUGGUGCAAGCUGACGAAAGCUCUGGUCCAUCAAGCCACUACCUGAAGAACUUCAUCUCCAUAGCCAGCCAGCUGCUUCAAAGCGGGGUGGACAGCAGCGCCCCAGAUGCCGUAGAAGCCGCGUGGGUGCUCUCACUUGCCCUCAAGGGACUGUACAGCAUCCUGAAGAAGCAUGGCAGUGAACAGGCCCACCAGGCGGUACACGGCGCUGGUCUCAUGCAGCUGCUGGUACGUAAAUGCAGUAAAGGAACGGGUUUCAGUAAGACGUGGCUGCUGCGGGAUCUGGAGAUCCUCUCAGUCAUGCUGUACUCAUCCAAGCGUGAGAUCCACAGCAUGGCCGAGGAGAGUGACAGCGGCGAGAGAGAGGAGGACAGUGGGCGAGAGAAAGAGCACGAUUCGGAUCGUUCCAGCUGCUCUGCCGAAGACAUGGACCCCCUCGAGGGUCUGGAUGAGGAGACCAAGGCCUGCUUCCAGCUUACCCACGAUGCCCUAAACGCGCCCCUGCACAUCUUGCGUGCUCUGUACGAGCUCCAAAUGAAGAGGACCGACUCCUUCUUCCAGGAGGUACAGAAACGGUUUGACGGCGACGUAAUAAAGACGGAUGAAACGAUCCGGACGUUGGCACAGAAGUGGCAGCCUGGUAAAAGACCACACUCGGAGGAGCGGCAGGCUAAAGCAGUGGACACGGACAUGAUCAUUGUCCCUUGUGUGUCGAAGCCUAGCCUUUGUGAGAAAGCCACCGAGGAGACAAACUCAGUAACUCAGAAGCUGAUCACUGUGACAGAGAGCGAGCUUCAGCUCAGUUAUGCCAAGCAGCGGCGCUCCAAGAGCUCUGCCCUUCUGCACAAGGAGCUGGACGCUCGCAGCAACAAGGCCGUGCGACACUAUCUGUACCGGGUAAAUGAGGCCAUUGGGAUCCUGUAUGCCCGGCACGUUUUGGCAUCCUUGCUGGCUCACUGGCCUGAUGGAGAUCCCAUCAGGGAGAAAGAUCUGGAACUGACUGGAGCCUCGCACAUGGCCUACAUUCUGGACAUGCUCAUGCAGCUGGAGGAGAAGCCCAUGUGGGAGAGGAUACUACAGAAAGUUAUAACAGGCUGUGGUCAGAGCAUACUGGACAGUCUGUCCUUGACAGCUUGUCAGUUCAUGGAGGAACUCGGCAUGGCCGUGCAGGUCCGUGAGUCUAAACACCCCUACGACAACAACACCAGCUUUGAGGACAAGGUGCACAUCCCCGGUGCCUUUUAUCUCUCUGUGAAGUUCGACUCGCUCUGCCACACCGAGGAGGGCUGCGAUGAGCUCCAGCUAGCCAGCAGCGCCGACUUCCUGCAGGACCUGCACACCUUUAGCGGCCCCUUCCACAAAUGGGCUGACGUGGAGAUUCCAGGAGACACUCUUCACUACCGGUUCAUAUCUGACAUGAGUAACACAGAGUGGGGCUACAAGUUCACUGUAACCGGAGGUCACCGGGGACGCUUCCAGACUGGUUUUGAGAUCCUGAAGCAGAUGUUAUCUGACGACCAGGCUUUUGCUCAUCUACCAUUAGCCGACAUCUGGGAAUGGCAGGUGGGCGUGGCCUGUCGUCAGACAGGAGGUCAACGUCUGAAGGCUAUUCACCUGCUGCUCCGAAUCCUCCAGUGUCCUUCUCAGUGGAGCUGUGAUCUGACCCUGCUGAGGCCGCUGUGGCAGCUCUUCACCACCAUGCAGGGUGGCGUAAGUCAGGAUCCCACCAGCAUCACCGUCCUCCUGCCUCUUCAUCGUGCCCUUACUGAACUCUUUUUCAUCGCUGAGUCCAAAGCCAUGGAACAGGGCAUUCUUCAGGAGUAUCUGAUUGCUCUGACGACUAAUGAGCAACUGGUUGCCCACACAGCUCAGGCUCUGAAGAACAUCGCUGCCAUCAGCCUGGCCAUCAAUUACCCAAAUAAAUCCACCAGGCUGCUGAGUCUUUCUCGCCAGGCAGAGCCACACGAACGGCAAGACCGCACUGCGUGUUCGCUCACACUUUUAGACGAGUCGGUGUAAAAGGAUGGAUUCAUUUCUUUUCUUUUUUAUUUGUAUUGUUUGAAUGUUCACAGAUACUGUGCACUUGAACCACAUUCUUCUCAUUAGUUUGAUGUGCCAUGGGCACCUUCAGCCUUAAUUUUUUUUUUUAAUGAUCUCUGGUCCCUUGUGAUAAGCAUGACGGUGAAAAUAGGGAAAAACUUUUACCCCUUUAAAUAUAUCUACAAUUUAACUUUAAUAAGUGCGUUUACAUGUACAUUAAUAUUCCAGCAGAUACCUGAUGGUGCAAAAUAACCUAAAUGCAGGGGUACAAGCCAGGCAUGUGAGCACUUGAACAAUCAUUCUUAGUCAGAUCUCUAUAUGGAGAAAAGUGCUGCAUCCCAAAUCACAUACUUGCAUAACAAAUAGUACAAUACAGUACUGUACCAUUGAAUAAAUACAUCACAUAUGCUGCUGUUACUAUUUUGAUAAUACAAUAAAUAAUUACAAUCACUACAAAUAAUUAUAAGUAUGUCACUACAAUUUUUCUGUUGACUUAGUGUCAUACACUAAAUGAGUAAGUUCAUAUCCAACUAUACGAUAGUUACAAAUCAUUCCUAGAUCAAACACAUGGAAACAAAUCUUUAAAAAAUUUACUUAUAUUACUUAAAUUAAGUUAGAAAUUAUGAGUAAA